AUGAGCUCCUGCCUACCCUUUGGAUGGUUCUCCUCCGAUCACACCCUCUUUUCGUUCACCCCAGGCUCAGUUACGCCAUUUCCCUCGCCCAACAUUCGCGAUGGCCUCCUUCUUUCAAAUGAUUCUGGAUGGAUUGAGGGAUAUCCAAACCACUCGAUAUGCUCAAUGUUUCCCCAAGUGGCUUCGAGUAGCAUCAUCGUUUACGACCAUGAGCAGUUCAUGGUCGGCGGGAAAGGUUUUAUUCUUGAUCUUGUGAGCACAACCUUUCGAUUUUACCCCCACGACUCAUCAAAGGAACCUGGCCUCUCCUUCAGUUGUCUUCACUUCUUCAAAUGGCAAGGAUGGACGGGACUCAUCGCAUGCAUAAUCGCCGAAACUUGGAUAAUGGGGACCGUUGUUGGUUCAGUAAAUGGUGCGCAUUUGAAUGACUGGCCUUCAAUCUUCGAACUGAAUCGAGUUUUGGUAGCCAAGGCAAUCAAGAUACCCGGAGGCACGUUUUGCAUGCCGGGCACAGUGCAAACUAAUUUUUUCAUAUUCUGGAUCCCCAUGCUCGCAUUUGAGUGCCUACUUUGCGGAUUGGCUCUUUUUCGGGGCUUUCAGACAUUCAGAUCUGAGGGUACCCUUUAUCAAAAUGGGCGGCAUCUUGUAGGCAUCCUGAUCAGAGACUCGAUUCUCUACUUUCUAGUAAUUUGCACAACUUAUACGACUUGCCUCCUCGUUUGGAUUAUUGGUCCCACGUCUCUGUUGGAAGUCCCGGUUGGAUUUUCUGUUGCCAUGUCAUGCGUGUUGGCCAAUCGCGUCGUCUUCAACGUCCGAGAAGUUAAUCGCGACAUAGGCCGGUCAGAGAACACGUCUCAGCAGGCGAUGGGCAAGCAGCAGGCGACGUGGGCCAGUUUCUGUAGUCCGGGAUGCUUGACGCAGUUUGAGAUCGAUCAACUAAGGUCAAUGCGCGUGGAGCUCGACGGUGCCGACCUCGAAGAUUACAGCGUUGAUCUUCCGUUCGUUGUGCUAUGAAACCAUUGUUUUCUUAUUUGCAUUCCAAUACUGUUCACGAUGCCUCUCAUAUUCCACAACUUCCGUACCCUACAUUUAGGGCUCUGUCGCCUCAAUUUGUUAAUCUAGUACAAUAUUCUUGUAAAAAAAAAUACUGCUCCGCAUCAGUG